UGUUAUUCUCAUCAUUCUUCACCGGUCACAUUGCCCUUGCACUGGGUAUUGUGAUAUUAGUAUAAUUCAGCAUGGCUCACGCGGUUGACCUCUCGGUUGCCACUCGCCCAAACAACCCCGAGGCUGUGCCUGGCUUGAUCGAAGAGAUCAAUGCUCUACAUGAGAACCUGAAAGACGGCGGUGAGGAGACUCGCCAUGAGUUGUUUAUCAAGGCCCGCAGCCUUGUUCAGUCUCUUCAAACACCCCGUGAGCUCAUGCUACAGCAUACGUGGGCCGACCCGGGACUCAACGCCGUUUUGAUCACUGGCGUUGAUAUUGGGCUUUGGAAGCUCAUGGUCAAAAAUGGCGCGGAUAAAGCCCAGAAGGUCGAAGAUCUCGCCGGUGCCCUUGGAGUGGACCCCGUGCUUCUCGGUCGUCUGCUGCGUCACGCCUGCGCCAUGGGUCACCUCGAGGAGACAGGGCAGGACGAGUACAAGCUCACAAACUUCUCCAGGUCGUUGAGCCUUGACGUCAUCGGCGAUGGCUACGUUGCCCUGCUCGGUGGAAUUGGUCGCAGCCCGAUCGAAUUCUACAAGUUCCUCCGCGCAACCGAAUGGCAAAAUCCCACCGAUGCUGCCCGUACGGCCAUGCACGCAUCUUACAACACCGAUUUGCCAAAUUGUUUCGACUAUCUUCGGUCCAUUGGUUUAGGCCCUCAAACAAACCAUCACAUGGGCGGCUACAGGCAAGGCCGCUUGCCAUGGAUGCACCCCUCGCUCUACCCUGUCGAGGAGACGCUAUUCCCUGGUGCGGAUGCUUCGCCUGACGCACCGCUCGUGGUGGACGUUGCCGGUGGUCUUGGGCACGACAUUAACGAGUUCAAGAAAUUCUACCCAAACCACCCAGGGAAACUAAUCCUUCAAGAUCUCCCGGUGGUCAUCAACGAUGUCAAGGAUAUCGACCCGACGAUAGAACGGAUGGGCCACGACUUCUUGACCGAGCAACCCAUCAAAGGUGCUCGGGCCUACUUCAUGCACUCCAUCCUGCAUGACUGGCCCGAUGAUGUGUGCAAGAAAAUAUUGGCCCGCAUUGCGGAAGCCAUGAAGCCUGGGUAUAGCAAGCUGUUGAUCUUCGAGUGUGUGAUCCCCCGAACAGGUGCUUAUUGGGAAGCCACCGCUGGCGACAUAUUGAUGAUGACGCAACUUUCGGCUUUGGAACGUACCGUGGAUAACUGGUAUCAAGUAAUCGAAGGAAGCGGGUUGAACUUGAAGAUUGUGAAGUUCUGGAAGUGUGGGCAGUCGGAUGUCGAGAACCUCAUUGAGUGUGAGCUCGCUUAUUAGGACGCCACGAGGGGUCGGGGAGGGUCGGGCUGGAGAAGGUCUCGGGGGUGAGCAUCCGGGGCAGGGGUUUGGCACUCGGGGAGCGGGGCCGGAGCCGAGGCCGGACCCUAGUGCGGGAGUCUACGAAUAGGAUAACUUGACCCACAAUAUUGAGUCUACCUAGGUAUUGACGUCGACGCAACUACAGCUUUAGGUACUCCGAAUGACCAAGAAACCUCGCGGACUAUGGAUAUGCAUGGAUAGUAGGUAGUAGCUUAUACCCGCUUGACGCUGAGAUGGAGGAAUUGAAAGC